GCAACUCAUUCACUCCUCAGGUCACUCGUUCACAUGAAAAGUACCUUUGGAUAUGAGAAUUCGUGUGUGCGAUAAUGAUUUUUUGAUAAAUUCCGUGUUAUUUAGUUAGAUUUUAACAAAUUUAUCAUUAAAAAUGGUGACUAUAAUAAAGAACCAAUUACUUAAACAUCUAUCGAGGUUCACAAAGAAUCUGUCACCAGAACAGAUCUCCCUCUCAGCGCUGCGAGGGUCCGGUGAGCUGCAAGACUUGACCUUGGACGAGGAGUUGCUGACAGACCUCCUAGAGCUACCUGGAUGGUUGAAGCUCACCUCUGCUAAAUGCAACCGGGCCUCCUUCAGGAUACAAUGGACCAAGCUCAAGACAGUGCCUAUUGUGCUGAACCUGGACGAGGUGCACAUAGCCUUGGAGGUGUGCCAGGAGCCGAGGGUCAUGAACCCCAGCGCCGCCGGGGCGAUACCAGCGCCGGGGAAGUACAGCUAUAUACACAAGGUGAUAGAUGGAAUCUCUGUGGCUGUGAACCACGUGCAAAUAGACUUUAGUUGUGAAGCAUUCACCAGCAGUGUUCAGAUCUCAAGAGUAACGGUGGAGUCCCGAACGCCAGAGGGCCGCAAGGGAGACCUAAGACUGACUAGAAUCAAAUCGCCUGACACAGGACAACUGCUUAUAUUUAAGGAGUUAGAAUGGCAAAGCGCCCGCAUAGAGGCCAAAGCACUGGGCGCCACCAACGCCAACCUACCGCCUUUACGACUGUUACUGGGGAACACGCACUGUCGGAUCGUCAUCAAGAAAAGAUUGUCAGACUGCGCGGUGAUAGGUUCCCGUCUGGCCAUCUGCCCGGAGCCGCUGGCGUGGGCGCUGACGGACGGGCAGCUGCGCGCGGCGCUGGCCUGCGCGGCCGCACUCGCCACGCCGGUGCGCCGGGCCACGGCCGCCGCUACCAGGGUCAAAGCGCUCAGGAAGAUCGAGGAACCCGUGGAGCAGAUCCCGAGCAGGUCAGCGGCGGGCGAGCGCGACAUCCUCGCCCGAAUGUUCGCCAAGCACGACGUGCGAGAGACCUCGUAUCACCUCCUCGCGCCGAGGGUCGACCUGCAUCUGUGUGAUGAUCCUGGCUUGGGCAGAUCAGAAAAACCGGCGUUGUCAAACGGCGGCGCCUUACAAGUGACGCUGGUGAGCAUGCAGGCGGACCUGUUCCCCUACCACAAGGCGUCGGACGACAGGAGGCAUUGGAGGGGAUACAGGGAAGCAGCAACGCCUCACACCCAGUGGCUCUCACAAGCCCUGACAUCAUUUUGUACAACACUACUCGAAUCUUUAGAUCCGAGGCCGCUCACGCCAAGUAGUAAGUCGAGCCAGGCCGACAAGGCGGACGAGCCGGUCUCCAACGGCAUCAAGCACAAGCCGGCGCCCGCACACAGCGCUUCCAACGCUCCGUCCACUAACACUACUACCUCACAAGCAUCGCCGACAAGAACGAGAAUACUCCAGCAGCUCGGCAAGCUCAUGACUACGUGUCUAGUACUUAGGAUAGACGACUUCACUGUUUAUAAGGUAUCUACAGGGUCCAAGUCGCGCGAGGUCCCGCGGCCGCUGGUGAGCGCGGAGAAGGCCACGCUCCCGGGGGACGCCGGCCUGCUGCACGCCGAGCUCACCUACUUCUACUACCCGGGGGAUGUCUGCUUCCCUGUACCAGCCCCGAAGCUCUUCGUCCAGCUGAGUCCUGUCCGAGUGUCGAUGGACGUGAACAGCGUGGUGUGGCUGGGCGCCUUCCUGCCGCACCUGCUGCCCAAGGACGCGGCUACUGAGGCGGAGAUGAAUGCACAAGCCCCGUAUAUCGAUGUCAGGAUGGAGGCUAUCAUGCCUAAGGUGGUGCUGGAAGCAGGUCCGGAGCACGUCUCUCAGCAGCGCGACCGGCCCAAGGAACUGCACAUCUGUACUGCGCGGGCCACACUCACCAACGUCCGGGAGUCGCCUAGAGCCAACUGCGCAGGCACCCGCGCGGACCUGGCGUCCAUCAUCUCUGCUCUGCGGCGGUCCGCCCCCGCGGGCCAGUUCCCCUGCGCCGCCGACGACAUGGACCCCAUACACGAGCAGUUCAUACUGCACGCUGAUAGUGAGUGCUAAAACUUGGCCUCUGUUUAGAGUAGAUUUUCGCGAUAUGAUAGCGAUGAGUCUAAGCAAUGUUUUUGUAAAUUAAUUAUUAUUUUUAUCUCUUUUCUGUCACGGGUUACUUCAUGGGAAGGAGCCGAUCCUUUUUGGAGGC